GACAGUAGUACAGCACGCAAUGUAAACUUAAAAUAAAAAAUAUUUUUGGCAUUAAUUUUGUUUGGUUUUUAGAAGCAACGGUAUAUGAGAAAAGUAGUUCGGUCGGACUUGAAGUUUUGAAAUUUUUAUUUGCUUUAAAAUUUAUAAAAAUUUUGUAAUUUCGUUAAUGAUUUUUUAAUACUAAAUUUUCUUGACUUUUUUUUAACUAUUCGAAAUACAAAGUUAAUUGAUUAUUUUAAAAAAAUGCUUCUACAAACUUGUAUUGCACCAGUCAAUAUUGCUUUGAUAAAAUAUUGGGGAAAACGUGACGAAGCACUUAUAUUGCCAAUAAAUGAUUCUCUUAGUAUGACCCUUAGUACUGACCAGAUGUGCGCAAAAACUACUGCCGCAGUAGGGUCCGAUUUCAAAGAAAAUAAAAUGUGGUUGAAUGGGGAAGAAGUGCAAUUUGAAGAUAAUUGUAGAACUGUGAAAUGCUUGGAUGAAAUAAAACGUAUAGCACAACUCCAAGGAACUGCUAAAUUUCCUUUAGAUUGGAAAUUACACAUUUGCUCAGAAAAUAAUUUCCCUACAGCUGCUGGAUUAGCAUCUAGUGCUGCAGGCUAUGCUUGUUUAGUAUACACUCUUGCAAAGUUAUAUGGUGUUCAGAACGAAGAACUUUCGAAAAUUGCGCGUUUAGGUAGCGGUUCUGCUUGUCGGAGUAUCUAUGGAGGAUUUGUUCAGUGGAUUAAAGGAGAAGACGAGAAUGGAAAUGAUUCAAUUGCUGUACAAAUUGAAAAUGAAGAACAUUGGCCUAAUAUGCAUGUACUUAUAUUAGUUGUAAAUGAUAACAGAAAGAAGGUGGGAUCUACAAAAGGUAUGCAACGAAGUGUUUUAACAUCAGAUUUACUUAAAUAUAGAGCUGAUGUUGUAGUACCGAAACGUAUAUUUGAAAUCAAAAAUGCUAUAAAAGAAAAAAAUUUUGAAAAAUUCGCUGAAAUUACAAUGAAGGACAGUAAUCAAUUUCAUGCUUGUUGCCUUGAUAGUUAUCCUCCUUGUGUUUACAUGAAUGAUGUUUCACAUGCUAUAAUAGAUUUUGUUCAUAAAUAUAAUGAAAUGGUUGGAGAAGUUAGAAUUGCUUAUACUUUUGAUGCUGGACCGAAUGCAUGUUUAUAUUUAUUACAAGAAAACGUUGCAGAUGUUUUAUUAGCUAUUAAGAAAUUUUUCCCAAAUGAUAAUGAUGGUUCUGUGGAGUAUUUGAAAGGCAUUCCAAUUGAUUUAAAAAAUAAGAAAGACGAAAACAUAUUCAAUUGUGAAUCAAAACCGAUUGGAAGAAAUUUCUUUAAAUAUAUUAUACAUACAAAAAUUGGUAAUGGACCGAAAUCUCUUAUCGAAGAAGAAUCUCUUUUAAAUGAAGUUGGUUUACCAAAAUCAUUUAAUCCAUAGUAAAUAAUUGUAAAUAAUCGUAAAUGCUUCCAAAAAUCAUAUCGUUCAGGUUAUCAAAAAAAAAAUAUCUAAAUAAAUGCAUUUAUAAUGAAAAAUGUUAAUAUUUCAGACUAAAAAUGAAAAAUUUGACAAUAAUUUUAUAUAGAUUUAAAAAUUAUUACAUAAUAUUAAUCGAUCGCAAAGAAACUUAGUAUUUAUUGAGAAAAUGUAGAUGAUUUAUUAUAUAAAUAAAUGUUAAUUAAAAU